AGCGCAGGCGUUCGCGGUCCACCUCACGGGAGAGGGAGAGGAGGCGAAGGGAGCGAUCCCGGUCCCGGGACAGGGACAGGAGGAGGAGCCGUUCUCGCUCCCCGCACAGAAGACGGUCCAGGUCGCCGAGACGGCACCGAUCCAGCUCCUCCUCCCCGCCGCGGCUGAAGGAAAGACGGGAUGAAGAGAAGAAGGAGAUAAAGGACUCCAAAGGCAAAGAGCGACAGAUCACGGAGGAAGAUUUGCAGGGCAAGACGGAAGAGGAAAUUGAGAUGAUGAAAAUGAUGGGCUUCGCCUCUUUCGACACGACGAAGGGAAAGAAGGUGGACGGUGCUGCAAACGCAUACGCCAUCAACGUGUCCCAGAAGAGGAAGUACAGGCAGUACAUGAACAGAAAAGGAGGAUUCAACAGGCCCCUGGAUUUCAUCGCUUGA